AUGCUGACUUUCCAAGGCCCCGGCACCGAGAAGCUCUCCUGCACCGGCAUGGGCACCAUCUGCAACAUGGGUGCCGAGAUCGGUGCAACGACUUCUCUCUUCCCCUUCAACGACCGCAUGUACGAUUACUUGGCUGCAACCAAACGCAGGCAUAUUGGUGACUUCGCUCGGGCGUACUCUGCUGAGCUUCACGAGGAUGAGGGCGCCGAAUACGAUCAAUUCAUCGAACUCAACCUCUCUGAACUCGAGCCUCAUAUCAACGGUCCAUUUACCCCAGAUUUGGCCACUCCCAUCUCCAAGUUCUCCCAGGCAGUCAAGGAUAACAAGUGGCCCGAGGAGUUGAAGGUUGGACUGAUCGGUUCUUGCACAAACUCUUCAUAUGAGGAUAUGAGCCGAGCAGCAUCAAUCGCUCAGGAUGCUAUGGAUCAUGGCAUCAAGGCGAAGGCUUUGUUCACUGUCACACCUGGUUCCGAGCAAAUUCGCGCAACAAUCGAGCGAGACGGCCAGCUCAAGACUCUUGAGGACUUUGGCGGCGUCAUCCUCGCAAAUGCCUGCGGCCCCUGCAUUGGUCAAUGGGACCGACGGGAUGUCAAGAAGGGCGAGCCUAACUCGAUUAUCUCCUCCUACAACCGAAACUUCACCGGCCGCAAUGAUGCCAACCCUGCCACUCACUCGUUCGUCACGUCUCCAGAUAUGGUUGUAGCGAUGACCAUCGCAGGAAACCUCAAUUUCAACCCCUUGACCGACACACUGAAGGACAAGGAUGGAAAGGAGUUCAAGCUCAAGCCACCCAGUGGUGAGGGUCUACCCCGAAACGGAUACGACCCGGGCCGUGACACAUAUCAAGCCCCUCCAGAGGAGCGUAGCCAGGUGGAAGUGAAAGUUUCUCCAACGUCCGACCGUCUGCAAAUCUUGCAACCUUUCGAGGCAUGGAACGGCAAAGAUUUCGUCGACCUUCCCAUCCUAAUCAAGACCAAAGGCAAGACCACCACUGACCACAUCUCGAUGGCUGGUCCUUGGUUGAAGUACCGUGGUCAUCUCGAUAACAUUUCCAACAACAUGCUGAUUGGUGCCAUCAACGCUGCCAACGGUGAAGCCAACAAGGUCAAGAACUUCAAGACUGGCGAAUGGGAUGCCGUCCCUGCCACUGCUCGCUGGUAUAAGAAGGAAAAGAUCCCGUGGGUUGUCAUUGGAGACUGGAACUACGGUGAGGGUUCUUCUCGAGAGCAUGCUGCACUUGAACCCAGACAUCUUGGCGGUAUUGCCAUCAUCACCCGAAGCUUCGCCCGUAUUCACGAGACCAACUUGAAGAAGCAAGGCAUGCUACCCUUGACCUUUGCCAACCCCGAGGACUACGACAAGAUCAACCCUGACGACAAGGUUGACUUGUUGAUCACCGACCUGGCACCCGGCAAGCCCGUGACGAUGAGAGUCCACCCCAAGGAUGGCAAGGCAUGGGAUUGCGAAUUGCAACACACAUUCAACGAAGGCCAGAUUGAAUGGUUCAAGAACGGCAGUGCCCUGAACACUAUGGCCAAGAAGCACGGUUCCCGCUAA